ACGAUUAGCAGCUGCACAGUCAACAAGAAAAGAUGGCUACUACCCCGCGUGAACGAAGUUCUGCUGGCUGGCCCAGAGGAAGGUCUGUUUCAGACUCUAGCAAUCACAAAAGUACAGCUGGUGUGCAUCGUGAAAGGACAGCAAUAUUAUAUCCUUUGACAAACUACACAUUUGGCACCAAAGAGCCCCUGUAUGAGAAAGAUUCCAGUGUACCAGCCAGGUUCCAACGGAUGAAAGAUGAAUUCCAGAAGAUGGGCACAAGGCGGUCUGUAGAGGGAGUCCUCAUCGUUCAUGAACAUGAUCUUCCUCAUGUUUUAUUGCUGCAGUUGGGCACAACAUUCUUCAAAUUGCCUGGUGGAGAACUCAAAGCUGGAGAAGACGAGAUGGACGGUCUCAAGAGACUCAUGACAGAAAUUCUUGGAAGACAAGAUGGUGUCCAGCAAGACUGGAUGGUAGAAGAUAUCAUUGCAAACUGGUACAGACCUAACUUUGAACCUCCUCAGUAUCCUUACAUUCCAGCUCAUAUAACAAAGCCAAAGGAACAUAAAAAACUGUACUUUGUACAACUAGCGGAAAAGGCCCUAUUUGCUGUUCCAAGGAAUUACAAGCUGGUAGCUGCGCCUCUCUUUGAACUCUACGACAAUUCACCAGGAUAUGGCCCUGUCAUAUCCAGCUUACCGCAGCUACUUAGCAGAUUCAACUUCAUUUACCAGUAAUCAAGCAAUCAAGAUAUUCUGUAGAUGUCGGCAUGUAAGCUAGCUAGCUAGCAGCUUUGAUCCACAAAAGACUGCUUUUUAAUCUCACUUUUGUAAAUAUAGUCUGUAGGAGCAUGGAAGCGCAAUACAGAUCUUGAACCUUGUGUCUCAAAAAUUUGAGCGGACAAUUUUUAACAGCAAAUUCAGUAUCAAGGAGACAAAUGAUAUCUGUGGUCAACAAUUGUCACUUUCUUCCAUCCUAGCGUAUGCAUUGUUUAGUCAGUUGAGGAAUUCAACCAAACAUUUGUGUUGAUACUGUCAUUCAGAUUGUACAAGUUGUAUCUCUGUAGAUGAAAUAAUUUUUUGAAAAGAACAGCUUUGCUCGACUUUGCCAGGUUCAAUGUUUCAUGUGCACUUUGUGAAAAUAAAGUUUUUUUUGUUCACAAUAUGAAAUGUACAGGAAUACCAUUUUGGGAGAUUAUCCAAGGCAGUUCUGAUCAAUCUAGAUGCUGAAUCUUAAUUAUUUCACUAUGAAACUCCGCUGAUUUACAAUUAUGACAUUAUUAACGUGACAUACAAACAAUUAUGAAAAUGCAUAUUUUUGUCUCGUGUUUACGGAAACUUUAGAUAGAGGCAUUGAUUUCUAAUCAUCCUCAAACUACACCCGCACCAUGCCCCAUAUCCAUAUGUAAAUAGUACUUUGUUUAUGUAAAUAUCUUGAUCGUUUUGUAAGUUUUGUACGAUAGGUUCCUCACCUGUUGCUGAAUGUAAGUGUACUGAAUGCCAUUCUCGCGAUCUGAUUAUUGUUUAAUAGGAAUAAGUAUGUUGACUGCACAGUGUUCACUAUCAACAUUUAAACAUAAUGCAAGGGAUUUUAUUCUUUAGUGCUUGUAUUCUACUCAAACUUAAACUUAACGCCAAGCCUAAGCUUUUGUUCCGAAUUGGGUUUUAGAAUUGAAGUUAGGCUGAGAUCUAAGUUUUCCUUUGUUAAACGUGAUCUUAGAUCCAGCUUUGGGAUUUAUUAAAUUAUAUGAAGUAGAAAAACUGACCUCGUUGUGAAAGGAAUCAGAUGUGUUUUGUGUUUGUUUCACAUAUUUAGAACACGUGAUGUAUUCUCUUAUUUUUAAGUUUUUUAUUCAAACUGAUGAUUAUUAUAAACAGGAUACAUUUAUCCCAAUCGUACUGAUGUUAAGGCUAAUGGAUUCAGCGAUGUGAUCAUGCGCUGUUUAUGUUCUCACGCAUGUAACAAGUUGUGCACCAUCAUCUGUUGUUAGAUGUACUCGUAUGCAUGUCUAUUUUAAUGCACAACAAAGGUUAACGUGAUAUGAUGGCAGGGAAAUAAGUUAUAUAGAGCUCAUUUUCUACAUUUUAUGUCAGUUGAGUGUAUACAUGUAAGUUGCUUGAGUAAUCUGGUUGUCAUCCGAGAUAUAGAAUUGUCAUGAUCUCUGUAUCUCUAUAUUCCGCAUGUAUCAUUUGAAUGGAGCUCAAUCCAGUGAUGGCAAACACGUAGGUACUGUGCAAGAGCAAUUGAAAAGCUGAUAAUGUACACAAAGCAAAGAGAAAAAAAUUACUUGUAUCCUCAAUUUACAACAUCUUUUCACAACAUCUUUUUGUUAAAUAGAGUACUUUUUAAAUUUUCUAUUAUAUAAUAUAAUAAUACUCUGUUCUGGAAUGUGAUAUAACAUCUCUUUAUGCUUCCAAAGACUCUUGGGAUAUUGUUACCCAGCUUUAGCUCUGGCAACCAUAGUUCUUGAUGUAUUCAAGGAAUGAAUCCUACCAGGUACCCACUUUCUACCCCUGGGUCGAGAGUGGCAAAUGUAGAUUAAUGUUUUGCCAAAGGACAUAAGUGCUGCAGCCAGGAAUUCGGAUCUUGUGGUUCACAGGCCGGAGACUAGUCUACUAAUCCACAACACCUCAAUAUCAAAAACCACAUUAUGAAUCCUUGAUGUUGGUCACAAAUCACACCAUGUUUGAUUAGACUUUGGACAUCCUAAGAAAUGUCAUACACUUUGAUUCUUGAACUAUACCAGCACAAGAAUUAAAGAAGAUCGUAAUACACGACGGUCUUGUUAAAGUAAACAUAUGUACAAUGAAAUCAAUUGAUGGGAAGGUAGUUUGUAUAUCAUUUUGUAAUUUAAUGGAAUAAGGUGGUAUUAUUACCUAAUUGAUGGUGCAUAUAACGGAUGGACACUCAUUAAGCCACUUAUGUGUUUUAUCGUUAUAUUGUCGAGGUUUACCUUUUUAUGAUAAAUCUUGGAUGCAGAAGAACAUAAUGUACUUUUGUACAAAUUUCACGGUUUGUAGACCAAGCAUCAUUGAAUUGUGUUAGUCUGCAUUUUAUGUCAUGUGCAUCAUGUUAUUAAAAUAUUGCUAAAAAAUCAUUGCCAUGAA